AUAACAAUGGGUGCAUUUUGCAGUUUGAAGAAUUUGUGUGAAUAUGAAACUUCUAAAGUUGUCCGUUUUCAGAGCGUUUCCUAUGGGAGUUUGAAAUGGACCUUCCAUAUGGUUGUCUUCCUGUAUGUUUGUUAUGUGCUUGUCACUGACAAACGGUAUCAGAAAAAGGACUCUGUGAUCAGCUCAAUUCAUACUAAAGUGAAAGGAGUAGUUCAGACUGACUCAAGAAUCUGGGACACAGCCGAAUACACUAUUCCCAUGCAGGGAAUAGACUCUUUUUUCGUGAUAACCAACAUAAUUAUGACGGAAAACCAGUUUCAAAAUGUUUGCCCUGAGUACCCCAUUGCCAAAGCUGUCUGCUCUUCAGAUGUGAGCUGUGAAAAAGGACACAUGAACCCCCAGAGUAAUGGAAUUCAGACAGGAAGAUGUGUGAAGUAUAAUGCAACCAUUAAAACCUGUGAAGUCUCUGCCUGGUGCCCUGUGGAAUCAAUGAAAGGUGCCCCAGUGCCUGCCGUUCUGAAGAGCGCUGAAAACUUCACAGUGUUAAUAAAGAACAAUAUCCACUUCCCAAAAUUUAAUCACACUGCAAGAAACUUUUCACCAAAAUUGAAUAUUUCGUGCACAUUCAACAAGAUAACUGCACCAGCCUGCCCAAUUUUCCAGCUGGGAGAUAUUCUCCGAACAACAGGAGAAAAUUUUUCAGAGAUGGCAAUUCAGGGCGGAAUCAUGGGCAUUGAGAUUAACUGGGAUUGUAACCUGGACAAAUGGUUCCACCGCUGCAGUCCAAAGUACAGUUUUCGUCGCCUUGAUGACAAAACGACGACUGAAUACCCUGGUUACAACUUCAGAUUCGCGAAGUACUACAAACGGCCCAAUGGGCAGGAGGAGCGGACGCUGAUCAAAGCCUAUGGGAUACGAUUCGAUAUCCUCGUCUUCGGCACAGCUGGACGGUUUAACAUCUUUGAGCUGCUGGUGUACAUCGGGUCUGUGCUGUCCUACUUUGGCUUGGCUCAGUUCGUUAUUGAUUUUCUUAUUACUUCAUACACUUAUCCCUGCUGCAAAGAUUCCAUCAAGGAAUAUUACUUCAGGAAGAAGUGCGAGUCUGCUCUGGGGCCAAAAUGGACCCUGAUGUACGUGUCAUAUGUUGAUGACCCGCACAUUAUUCUGGUAGACAAACAGUUGAGCACAAGUCUGCAGAACGUUAAAGGCGAGAUUGUUCAGUUGCCGAGAGACAAUGGGGCUUUUACUGACACGACCAAGCUCGCAGCACAAUGUUCCAACCGGGUCCCUGUCUUAGCAAAAGCCCAUGAGAUGCAACCCCUUAAAAGCGAAGGGCAAACUUCUCCAUCCCACGACCGCCCUUCUUGGUGCUGCUGUGGGAAAUGCCACCAAACACAGGCUUUCCGGGAGCAGCUCUGCUGCCGAAGAAAAGAAGGGUCAUGCAUUACAACCUCGGCUUUGUUCGAGCAGCUCGUUCUUUCCAGAUCAGCACUGGAGUUUAUCCUGCUUUACAAAGAGCCCUUGUUGGACUUGAAUUCUGAGACCCUCAAUAACCAGCUUCGUCACUGUGCUUACAGACAGUAUAUUCACUGGCGUUUUGGCUCUGCUGAGGUGGAGAGCAGUGCCCUGAUACCAAGUUGCUGCAGGUGGAAGAUCAGAGAAACGUAUCCCAGUGAGGACGGCAAGUAUACUGGUUUAGAGAGGAAGAAUUAACCUUUAUUAAGCCUCUAUUAUAUAGCUCCAGAACCACAAUGCAGCUUAUUUCUCACAGUUUAAACCCCUUCAUUUAUCUCCGGAGACAUUUUUAAAAGAAAAGCUUGUGAUUUCUCAGAAUCCACUGCCGUAUGACUGAAUUCCGUAUUCUGUGUUGUUAAUGAGGCAGUAUUAGCUAAUGAUUAGUGCAGGAGGCUGGGAGUCAGGAGUCUUGGGUUCUGUUCCUCACUCCACCGCUGACUCUCUCUGUGACCUCGAACAGGGCAAUAGCCCGUAGCUUUCAAAUCUUGCCCCAAUUUUUGCAUGCCCAGUAUUGGACACCUUGUCCCUGAUGUUCAGAGGUGCUGAGUACUCAACAUUCCAGCUGAAAACUAGACUGCACCAACAGCUACCUCAAGGUGAGAACCCAAACAUUCAGGGAACCAAAAGUAGAGGACAUUUGAAAAUUUGACCCUUAACUUCUUGGUGUCUCAGUUUCUCCAUCUGUCAAAUGGGGAUAAUACCUACCUACCUUAGUAAAAGGCUUUUGAGCCUUGGAUGAAAGAUGCUUUAGAACUGCAGAGUAUUCUUGUUUGCUCAGGCUCGGUCCUGCAAAUCGUUAUUCAUGUCAGUUGUCUGUAGUCACACAAGCAGUCCUAAGGUCCGGAGAACGGUCUUGCAGGAUUGAGCCCCUUGAGGGUGUAUUUCAUGGACAAAGUCGUGCACAAACGGUGUGGCAUUUCAGAUUCUUUCAGCUUUGUGGUUGAUCAAAUCUGUUACCAGCGGAAACCAGCUCACUUUGGUAACACAGGAAAAGCAUUUGUAACCAUACAGUUAUUAUGUAGAUAGUGCCCCUUUAAGCAUAAACUCAGGAAUUGAAAUGGACAACUUUUUUACUGACUUUCUACCUUCUUUUCAGAAGCCUUGGAUCAAAUUCUGCUGUCAUUUACUCUGGUGCUAAUUCAUGAUGUCAUCGGGAUGGUAUCUGUGUAACUAAGAGCAGACUUUAGCCUCAUGUUUGCUCUAAGUUCAUGUAGGGCUACAUACCGUCCAAGAUGCUCAGUUAGCUUCCCAGUGAGUUGCAUAGCAGUAUGCAGUCUCAGGGCAGUAUAUACGGCCCCGAGACUGCAAAUAAAUGAUGGAUUAACUUGUGCAUUGAUUCCUAUUUUUUUCUUGUGCUUUGACUCAAACUCACUAGCUGUUUUUGUAGCAAUGCGGCAAGAAGGAUAUUAAUUAGUAUAUACUGGGCCAAUUUCAGCUCUGCAUUAUUGUAAAUCUGCGCAACUCCGUAGUUUGUGGUUUUAAUUUUGUACAUAUUUUUAAAACCAGUGUCUGGAAAAAUAUUCCAGCUCUAGUUGCAUUUCCAAUGGCAGUAUGUAUUAAUUGCACUGACAUUCAUGUGGCAGCAUCUCAUUGCAGCGAUGGCUUGGGAUUGUGUUAUUUUUGUAAUGUUGGCACUGAUACAUUUCUGCACUAAUAUAUAUUGGUUAGCACUCUUUCUUUGCUUUUGGAAAUACUGAUGUCAGAACAUGGAGUGUUUGUUUAGGACUGUCUUUUUAAGGACCUGUUAAAUACAUUCUUAUGCUCAUUCUGCAACCCUUUUUAUCUUGCGGUCAGUUUUG